AGACGAUAGGCAUAAACAAUGGCGGGUCCAGAGCAGUCCAAGCAGCAGCAGGUAGAGGAUAAAGCUGAGCACAUAGAUGAUGCUGAGCUCGCUCUUCAGGGUAUCAACAUGCUUCUCAACAACGGAUUCAAGGAGAGCGACGAGCUUUUCAGAAAAUACAGGUGAGAUAUUUUUCCUGGCCUUUAUAAUUUCAUAAAAUGUAAGCCUAUAGUGAUAUUUGGUCAUCAGAUCUCAUUGCCCACAGCAGCCUAUUAGGCCAGACUUUCCCAAACUCAGUCCUGUGGCCCCCCCUGGGUGCACGUUUUGGUUUUUGCCCUACCACGACACCGCUGAUUCAAAUAACCAACUCAUCAUCAAGCUUUGAUUAUUUAAAUCAGCUGUGUAGUACUAGGGCAAAAACCAAAACGUGCAUCUGCGGGGGACCCCAGGAUCGAGUUUGGGAAACCCUGUAUUAGGCUACAUAAUUAUUUGAAUUGCACAGGUGAUUCAUUUAAAGGGUGUGCCUUUGUGUGCUCAAACAUCAGAUUAACUGUACCAACCUGUUUUCAAGGCCCUGUUCAAAUACUUGUAAUAACCCUUCCAAUUUGAGGUGAUCACUGAUCCUACAGUAUGUAGGUAUAGGUGCAUCAAAUUGCUUUACCUAUACAAUCAUGACAGAUAGGCCUGCAUGAUCACCUUAAGGCAUUAUUAAGUAUUUGCAUUGUAGCAAAUUUUACCCCCAGCAAAUUUAAGGUUGGACAGAAAUAUUGAUAAAACAUCAGAGCUCAGCAUAUUUCCAUAGAGAUGGUACCCAUCAGAGCCAUACAGGCUAUUUCUAUUCUAGGCCUACACAAGGCUUUGGUACCAUUACAGCAUUAUAGUCUCACUGGCCAUCAGUAAUUCCCCCAAACACACUGUCCAAGUCCUACACAAAGGCCAUUUGUUCUCUUUGGCAGAACUCACUGGUGCCAAACAGGAUAUUACCAUGGUUAGGCAUAAUUGGCCUUUUAAUUAUUUUUGCACCAGUGGCUAUGGUUAUGUAUCAUUUACUUUACCCUCUAUUUCAUCUUAAAGCUGCAGAUGAAUGCUACUGAGUUGGUUUAACAUAUAAUGUAAAUCUAAAUUUGAGUCUAAAUGUAAAUAUAUCCUUGUCUCUUGAAACAAUCCCCAUUCAUAGCCUAACCCCAAAACAGGAAAUUAAAUAGUAGUCUAUGCACUCCAGCAUGGCCCUGACAUUCCAAACAACAGUUGAAUGGGUAAUGGUGACUGAGAAAUGGAAGGGUAGUGCACUGCACUCACAGCAAUCCAGCUCUGUUUGUGCCAACAGGAGAAACUGCCACUAAUUUUAGCUUUCUGGUUAAUCAAGCCUUUCUCCCUCCAUGAGUCGCUGAUGAUGCUGAGACAGAGGAACGGACUGAAUGUCCCUCUGUAAAGCACUAUGUGUGAAAACAGAUCUGAUUCUUAGUAGUGGCUAAGAUGUGCAUGGUUAUUUUUAUAACAAUUUCAGUAUGAUUAUUGAUCAUCAAUUCUGAUGUUUCCUUUAGUUAGUUAUCAUUAGUAACAUACCCUUUACCUAGUCGAUACUCAAGUGACACUGGCUACCAUUUCUCUGCUUUCUUGAAUUAUGUUUGGUAUGAGGCAGAAGUAAAUGUCUCAAUCGCUCUCUCUGGCUGCGUUUACACAGGCAGUCCAAUUCUGAUCUUUUUUUUUCCAGAAAUUGGUCAACAGAUCUUUUCACAUCAGAUCUUUUUCAGAUCUGAUUGGUCAGAUUGGACAAAUGAGUGAAAAAAUAUCAGAAUUGGGCUGCCUGUCUAAAUGCAGCCUCUGUGUCUAUCGCUCCCUUCCAUUAACUCUAUGUUGUCCUUUCUCUUCAGGACUCACAGUCCGCUGAUGAGCUUUGGGGCCAGUUUUGUCAGCUUCCUGGUGAGUUUCCUCAGACUGCAUCUUGACUGCAGGACAGGUGUUUUGUCAUGACCCCUUGGUUGCCAUGACCUCUAGCUUACUUCCCUGGUGGUGGUUCACGUCCUACCUCUAAUGACAUUCUCUCUCAUGACAUCACUACAAGCAUGCAAGCUAAGAGAGAGGGCAAAUGGAAUGACUCAUCCUAACAAUGUUAGUGUGCAACGUUACACCAUCAUAAACCAUACAGUGAUGAGGUGUCAGGACUUGACGUGACCCAAUUUGUGUAAUGGAUUACAUCAUCAUGAUCACUAUUGUCCAUUUCCCCUAAUUUUUGAACCAUUACCAUAAUGGAUGCAUCUUCAGCUCAUCAAAGCAUUUUGCUGUGGAUACCCUCGCUCUCUCUCUAUCUGCUGCAGUGAUGUGUUUGUCGCCUUAUUGGUCAGUGAGGAGAGAGUGAAGGAAACCGAGAUUUUCUGCAGCAUGGUCACGAAACAGCCCCCUGUCACUGCCCCUCAUGUCAGAGUCGGAGCACCAUGAAGCGAGAGAUAAUGUCAUCCUCCUCUGCCCUCCCAUGCAAUAGCAAACGCUUGGAAGGAUAGUGUGUGGGGUUGGGUCAAUGACAACACAAACAGGCCACUGAUGCAUAGAGGGCCUCACAGUUGUACAAAUGAAAAAGCAUUCAAUUAAUCUGAAAUUCAAACCACAUAUUUAUAUAAGGAUGAGGGCAUACAUUGCAUGUCUUUGACUAACAGUUUGAUAAAAGGCAACUGAACAAAGAGAUUCUUGACCAAGCCAGUGUGGCUCUCACACGUAACACACAAUAGGUUCUGGUUGUCACUGUGUUCCUCCGUGUGCUAUGGCCUAGAAAGAGCUCUUUGUCCUGUGCCUGCUUUGUAAAACCAUUGUGUAACCCCUGUGGUAUAAUCCUCCUUCAAUCCGAUUACCACACAUUUGUUCAUAAUACACCCCAAUUAAAUCAAAAUCUGGUCCUAUUAUUAAUAAAAUCUGGUACUUAUUUCUUUAAUUACUUGCAUGAGUGUUUUCUCUGUGCCAGCGUUAGCUGGAAAGCUCCAAUGUGUUUGUUGUUGUGUAUGUGUGGGGGUGCAGAAUGCCAUGAUGACCUUUGAGGAGGAGAAGAUGCAGACGGCGUGUGACGACCUGAGGACCACGGAGAAGCUGUGUGAGAGUGACAACGUUGGAGUCAUAGAGACAAUCAGGAACAAGAUCAAGAAGAGUGUGAGUUGGCAACUGAUUACAGACAGACAGACAGACAGGCAGAAAUGUUUCGUUUACAUGGAGCAUUUAUGUUUAGGAUAUCCCAACAUUCCACUGGGCACACACUGGUUGAAUCAACGCUGUUUACACGUUAUUUCAAGGAAAUUACAUUUAACCAAUGUGGAAUAGGUCAUGUAACAUGCAUAGUUCUGUCUUGAUAUCUGCUGGUUAUACAGUGAGGGAAAAAAGUAUUUGAUCCCUUGCUGAUUUUGUACGUUUGCCCACUGACAAAGACCUGAUCAGUCUAUAAUUUUAAUGGUAGGUUUAUUUGAACAGUGAGAGACAGAAUAACAACAAAAAAAUCCAGAAAAACACAUGUCAAAUAUGUUAUAAAUUGAUUUGCAUUUUAAUGAGGGAAAUAAGUAUUUGACCCCUCUGCAAAACAUGACUUAGUACUUGGUGGCAAAACCCUUGUUGGCAAUCACAGAGGUCAGACGUUUCUUGUAGUUGGCCACCAGGUUUGCACACAUCUCAGGAGGGAUUUUGUCCCACUCCUCUUUGCAGAUCUUCUCCAAGUCAUUAAGGUUUCGAGCCUGUCGUUUGGCAACUCGAACCUUCAGCUCCCUCCACAGAUUUUCUAUGGGAUUAAGGUCUGGAGUCUGGCUAGGCCACUCCAGGACCUUAAUGUGCUUCUUCUUGAGCCACUCCUUUGUUGCCUUGGCUGUGUUUUGGGUCAUUGUCAUGCUGGAAUACCCAUCCACGACCCAUGUUCAAUGCCCUGGCUGAGGGAAGGAGGUUCUCACCCAAGAUUUGACGGUACAUGGCCCCGUCCAUCGUCCCUUUGAUGCUGUGAAGUUGUCCUGUCCCCUUAGCAGAAAAACACCCCCAAAGCAUAAUGUUUCCACCUCCAUGUUUGACGGUGGGGAUGGUGUUCUUGGGGUCAUAGGCAGCAUUCCUCCUCCUCCAAACACGGCGAGUUGAGUUGAUGCCAAAGAGCUUGAUUUUGGUCUCAUCUGACCACAACACUUUCACCCAGUUCUCCUCUGAAUCAUUCAGAUGUUCAUUGGCAAACUUCAGACGGCCCUGUAUAUGUGCUUUCUUGAGCAGGGGGACCUUGCGGGUGCUGCAGGAUUUCAGUCUUUCACGGCGUAGUGUGUUACCAAUUGUUUUCUUGGUGACUAUGGUCCCAGCUGCCUUGAGAUCAUUGACAAGAUCCUCCCGUGUAGUUCUGGGCUGAUUCCUCACCGUUCUCAUGAUCAUUGCAACUCCACAAGGUGUGAUCUUGCAUGGAGCCCCAGGCCGAGGGAGAUUGACAGUCCUUUUGUGUUCCUUCCAUUUGCGAAUAAUCACACCAACUGUUGUCACCUUCUCACCAAGCUGCUUGGCGAUGGUCUUGUAGCCCAUUCCAGCCUUGUGUAGGUCUACAAUCUUGUCCCUGACAUCCUUGGAGAGCUCUUUGGUCUUGGCCAUGGUGGAGAGUUUGGAAUCUGAUUGAUUGAUUGCUUCUGUGGACAGGUGUCUUUUAUACAGGUAACGAGCUUAGAUUAGGAUCACUCCCUUUAAGAGUGUGCUCCUAAUCUCAGCUCGUUACCUGUAUAAAAGACACCUGGGAGCCAGAAAUCUUUCUGAUUGAGAGGGGGUCAAAUACUUAUUUCCCUCAUUAAAAUGCAAAUCAAUUUAUAACAUCUUUGACAUGCGUUUUUCUGGAUUUUUUUGUUGUUAUUCUGUCUCUCACUGUUCAAAUAAACCUACCAUUAAAAUUAUAGACUGAUCAUUUCUUUGUCAGUGGGCAAACAUACAAAAUCAGCAGGGGAUCAAAUACUUUUUUCCCUCACUGUACACCAUCACAUUGUUUCCAGCUGUAUCAGUAUCAAGAAUCAAAGCCAUGAUCUUCUAUUUUGAGCUUAAUGAUAUUGGCAACUAUGAGAUCAUGUCAAUCCCACACUCAAUGUAAUUAGAAACUCUCUGAAAUAGAAUGGAUACCUGUUUAUGAUCAACACAGGGGCCUUCUUCAUUACGUAGCUGGACUGGCUGAUGGUUUAGCUGAGUGUUGAUCAGAGAAUGACCAGACUACUGUGUGUUUCUGUCUGUCAGUUGGAGUCCCAGAGGUCAGGGGUCGUGGUUGUGGACCGUCUGCAGCGACAGAUCAUUGUGGCCGACUGCCAGGUCUACCUCGCUGUGCUCUCCUUCGUCAAGCAGGAGCUCUCAUGUAAUUUAUCAUUUGUUGAAUCCACAAUCAUUAAAUUACUAAUGUACUGUAGCUUGCUUGAUAGCAAUACAGUAUGUAUUGUUUUGAUACAUUUUCUAUUCAAUUAUAUGUAAUAUGAUUAUUACCAGUCUACUGAUUUUGGGAAAAAUCUGCAAGUAAAAUAGGAAUCAUGAGUGUUAACUGGAUUUGACUGGACUGACUCUUACAGUAUCUUCUCCUCAACAGCGUACAUCAAAGGAGGCUGGAUCCUCCGUAAGGCCUGGAAGAUGUACAAUAAGUGCCACAGUGACAUCAGUCAGCUGCAGGAGACCUGUGUGAGGCGCUGUUCCUCCCAGGAGGAGGACCUGUCCUCAGACCAGGCCAACCACAACACCCCAGUGGAGGGUGCUGUGACUGCAGAGGCCCUGGACCGACUCAAGGGCUCCGUCAGCUUCGGCUACGGCCUUUUCCAUCUCUGUAUCUCCAUGGUACCACCACACCUGCUCAAGAUCAUCAACCUGCUGGGUUUCCCUGGCGAUCGUCUCCAGGGUCUGUCCUCCCUCAUCUAUGCCAGUGAGAGUAAGGACAUGAAGGCCCCGCUAGCUACGUGAGUAGGAGUAUUAAAGAACUUCUUAGAAGUGCAAGGAAAGAGAGAGAGAGAGAGGGUUCGAUUCAGUCCGUAGCGCUGAAGAUCUGCGUUGUAGUGCGAUUGACAUUUAAAUCAAAUCAAAUCAAAUUUUAUUGGUCACAUGCGCCGAAUACAACAGGUGCAGACAUUGCAGUGAAAUGCUUAAAGGCAAUGUUCCCACGUUAGCGGAGACUGCAUUCACCGUAAACGCUGCAUAUGUCAGCUCAAUCGGAAUUUCAAUCGCGCUAUAACGCUGAACUGAAGCGCUACGGAUUUAAUCAAACCCUUACUCAUAACUGAAGGGAAUGACAUUCAAGUAAUGGGAGAAGGAAAGGGAUUAGAAAGGGGGCAAAUACUUUUUCAUAGCACUGUAUGGUCAUAAUGUUCAGGUCACAGUCAGAGUUAUUUUUACUGCUUGAAUGAGCUGAUAUACAGUGCAUUCUGAAAAUAUUAAGACCCCUUGACUUUUUCCACGUUUUGUUACGUUACAGCCUUAUUCUAAAAUUGAUUUACAAAAAAAAACAUCAAUCUACACACAAUACCCCAUUAUGACAAAGCAAAAACAGAUUUUUUAUAAAUUGUAGCAAAUGUAUAACAAAUAAACAACUGAAAUAUCACAUUUACAUAAGUAUUCAGACCCUUUACUCAGUACUUUGUAAUCUACCUUUGGCAGCGAUUACAGCCUCGAGUCUUCUUGGGUAUGACGCUACAAGCUUGGCACACCUGUAUUUGGGGAGUUUCUCCCAUUCUUCUCUGCAGAUCCUCUCAAGCUCUGUCAGGUUGGAUGGGGAGCAUAGCUGCACAGCUAUUUUCAGGUCUCUCCAGAGAUGUUCGAUCGGGUUCACGUCUGGGCUCUGGCUGGGCCACUCAAGGACAUUCAGAGACUUGUCCCGAAGCCACUCCUGCGUUGUCUUGGCUGUGUGCUUAGGGUCGUUGUCCUGUUGGAAGGUGAACCUUCGCCCCAGUCUGAGGUCCUGAGCGCUCUGGAGCAGGCUUUCAUCAAGGAUCUCUCUGUACUUUGCUCCGUUCAUCUUUCCCUCGAUCCUGACAAGUCUCCCAGUCCCUGCCGCUGAAAAACAUCUUCACAGCAUGAUGCUGCCACCACCAUGCUUCACCGUCGAGAUGGUGCCAGAUGUCCUCCAGACAUGACGCCUGGCAUUCAGAGCAAAGAGUUAAAUCUUGGUUUCAUCAGACCAGAGAAUCUUGUUUCUCGUGGUCUGAGAGUCCUUUAGGUGCCUUUUGGAAAACUCCAAGCGGGCUGUCAUGUGCCUUUUACUGAGGAGUGGCUUCCGUCUGGCCACUCUACCAUAAAGGUGCUUCAGAGAUGGUUGUCCUUCUGGAAGGUUCUUCCAUCUCCACAGAGGAACUCUGGAGCUCUGUCAGAGUGACCAUCGGGUUCUUCUUACCAAGGCCUUUCUCCCCCGAUUUCUCAGUUUGGCCGGGGUGCCAGCUCUAGGAAGAGUCUUGGUGGUUCCAAACUUCUUCCAUUUAAGAUUAAUGGAGGCCACUGUGUUCUUGGGGACCUUCAAUGCUGCAGAAAUGUUUUGGUACCCUUCCCCAGAUCUGUGCCUCGACACAAUCCUGUCUUGGAGCUCUACGGACAAUUUCUUCGACCUCAUGGCUUGGUUUUUGCUCUGACAUGCACUGUCAACUGUGGGACCUUAUAUAGACAGGUGUGUGCCUUUCCAAAUCCUGUCUAAUCAAUUUAAUUUACCACAGGUGGACUCCAAUCAAGUUGUAGAAACAUCUCAAGGAUGGUCAAUGGAAACAGGAUGCACUGGAGCUCAAUUUCGAGUCUCAUAGCAAAGGGUCUGAAUACUUAUGUAAAUAAGGUAUUUCCGUUUUUUAUUUUUAAUAAAUUAGCAAACAUUUUAAACUGUUUUCGCUUUGUGAUUAGGGGGUAUUGUGUGUAGAUUGCUGAGGAAUUUUUUGUAUUUAAUCCAUUUUAGAAUAAGGCUGUAACGUAACAAAAUGUGGAAAACGGGAAGGGGUCUGAAUACUUUCCGAAGGCACUGUACGUAGAUAUGAUGUCAUCAUUUGAUAGAAAGUCAGAGCACAGGUCUUGAUGUUGAUUUGAUUGGGGGUGACGUGUUUUGUUAUUUUGCUGAUGUGUUCCAGCUCAUCUCUUUCCCAGCUCUUGGCACAGUGCUUGUUCCUGCUGUCUCAUACAUGGCCAUCUGUUCUGUAAUAUCUCAUAAGUAUCAUAAUGGCAUGUUAUAAUCAUAGGGUAUUUAUUCAUUGUAUAAUACAGGAAACCAGGGACAGGUGUUUGUUGUAAAAUAUGUCAAAUUGAAUAUUUGAAGUCAUAGAGAAUUGAGGACACAUUGAGUACAAUUGCAUGCUGCCAGUGGCAGUUGAAUGGUUCAAUACUCAUGACUAGUAGACCUAAGAAUAGCAAUAAUCAUGCGCAUGCUUAUUAGAAUGUCUAGUGGUGAAAAAAGGCCCUGAGACAGAAACUACCAUUUGCUAUUCAUGAAAUUGAGAUGGUGUUUUACCAAAUUACUGCAGUGGGGUUUAAUUUUGUUCUAUACGCCAUCUUCACAAAGCUUUUCUUUGUCAAGAAAGUCAAUGUUUCAUGUUAACUGUUGCAUAUUAACUAUCUAACAAACUUGAAUGUACAGUAAUCGAUAUUUAAUAAAAACAUCUUGAAUUGUCUCACAAAUAAACCCGAUUGCAUCCUCUCUCCUCUGCCCAGAUUGGCCCUCCUGUGGUACCACACGGUAGUGCUGCCUUUCUUUGCUCUGGAUGGUUCUGACACUCAGGCAGGCCUGGAGGAAGCCAAGGCCAUUCUGCAGAGGAAGGCUGUGGUCUACCCCAAUUCCUCCCUCUUCAUGUUCUUUAAAGGACGGGUUCAGAGGUUAGAGGUGAGCACGAUGGGAUCAGUGGACGGUGAAAUAACAGUCUGUUGCCGCUUAGCAUUGUACAAUACAGUAAGUUGUUGUAGCUCUUAGUAGCUUAGGGCCCUAUACAAUCCAUUAGAUUUUCUUGCCUGGUUCCGUUUUGUUUUUUCCCAAAUUCCGUUUCCUCCGUUUUUGUUUUUCCAGGUUUCCGUUUUCCCCUGUUUUUCACUGUUUUUCACUCUCAAAAUCACACUGUCUUAAUAGAAAACAACUAAAUUGGAUGUCCUAAAUCCACAACAAUGCUUAAACCACAUCAGGAGACUACUUUUGAGGUCUGGAUAAUUUUUUAGAAAUGUUGAUUUUUAGAUGUAGUUGCCCUUUAAUUCCAGCACUCACCUUGCAAGAGGUUGUUGUUUGGUAGAGUGAUGGUAGAGUUUGCAAAACAAGUAUAAUACGUAAAAAUUUAUGCACACAUGACUGUAAGUCGCUUUGGAUAAAAGCAUCUGCUAAAUGGCUUAUUAUUAUUAUUAUUAUUAUUAUUAUUAUUAUUAUUAUUAUUAUUAUUAUUAUAUUAUUAUUAAGUACCCACUGGAUUUAUGCAGAUAAUCAUGAUAUAAUUCUGCCAGGUAAGCAUAGGCUACUUUGUAGUUAACAUUAAUUGAGAAGGUUUUUGGGAAAGCCUUUCCAUUUACUAGAAGACUUUUCAUUAGCAUCAUCGCUAACGGCUACACAAAGUGGCACGCACCGCACAUACACAGACGGGGAAUUCUCUUUGCCUAUUUAGAAAGUUGCAUUUUGUUUGUGUUAUGAUAAACCUGGGCUAAUUAAUACAUUUUCAAUAAAAAUUUUAAUAUUGCUGAAUUCCAUUUUAAUUUCUGGAUUCCAUGAUUCCGUCCGUGUUCUCCUCGUUGCGGAUUUUAUAGGACCCUAGUAGCUCGUAAUUGUGUCAAGUGAUGCUAUCUCUAUCUCAUCUAUCUCCAGUGCCAAAUUAACAGUGCUCUGGUGUCCUUCCAUGAUGCACUAGAGCUCGCAUCAGACCAAAGAGAGAUUCAGCACGUGUGUCUCUAUGAAAUCGGUACGUGUUUCCCUGACAUGCAUGCAUGGCAACUUUCAAAUGAGCACCCACACAUGCAAACACUCAUCAGGUACAUUCAGUUUACAGUUGCUGAGAGCCAAAUCCCUCUGUUGUACCCAUUUGUCUUGUCUUGACUUCAGGCUGGUGCAGUAUGAUCGAGAUGAACUUUGAGGAUGCGUUCAGGUCGUUUGAGAGGCUGAAGAAUGAGUCCCGGUGGUCACAGUGUUACUAUGCCUACCUGACUGGAGGUGAGAGGGCCACUGCCCCAGGAACCUGUGGACCAUUGAUUUUCAUCGUCAUCAUCAUCAUCUUCUCAAAAUUAUCUCACACUCUAAACCCCUCCACCCCUCCCUGUUAAAGUAUGUCAGGGAGCUGCAGGGGACUUGGAUGGUGCCAAGGAUGUCUUCAAAGAUGUCCAGAAACUGUUCAAGAGGAAGAACAAUCAGAUUGAGCAGUUUGCCCUCAAGCGGGUGGGUCAUUUUCAUCCAAAUGUAUUGACCAUAUCUUUAUGCACUCUUUGUGAAACUAAUAACCAUGAACCCUCUCCAUUUCUCUACCUUGGCUUCUCUGCCCCCACCCUACUGCAGGCAGAGAGACUGAGGAAGAUGUCUCCCACCAGAGAGCUGUGCAUUCUGGGAGUCAUAGAGGUGCUUUACCUGUGGAAGGCUCUGCCCAACUGCUCCUCCUCCAAACUGCAGCUCAUGAAUCAGUGUAAGGGCUGGAGCUUUAUCAGAGGGGGCUUGUGCUUCAUAAAGAGAAGACUGGAUCUCCUAGUCAAGGAGUUUCCUAUGACACAAUGGGGUGGAAACCACUUUACUAAAUGUUGUGAAGUAUUUGACCAUUUCUGUGUUUGAGACAUUGAGCUCUGUUCAAUCUGUAUCGCUGAAUAAUUUCAGAUUGAGCGAUAGAAAUACACUACCAUUCAAAAGUUUGGGGUUACUUAGAAAUGUCCUUGUUUUCUAAAGAAAAGCAUUUUUUUUGUCCAUUAAAAUAACAUCAAAUUGAUCAGAAAUACAGUGUAGACAUUGUUAAUGUUGUAAAUGGCUAUUGUAGCUGGACACGGCAGAUUUGUAAUGGAAUAUCUACAUAGGCGUACAGAGGCCCAUUAUCAGCAACCAUCAGUCCUGUGUUCCAAUGGCACGUUGUGUUUGCUAAUCCAAGUUUAUCAUUUUAAAAGGCUAAUUGAUCAUUAGAAAACCCUUUUGCAAUUAUGUUAGCACAGCUGAAAACUGUUGUGCUGAUUAAAGAAGCAAUAAAACUGUCCUUCUUGAGACUAGUUGAGUAUCUGGAGCAUCAGCAAUUGUGGGUUCGAUGACAGGCUCAAAAUGGCCAGAAACAAAUAACUUUCUUCUGAAACUCGUCAGUCUAUUCUUGUUCUGAGAAGUGAAGGCUAUUCCAUGCGAGAAAUUGCCAAGAAACUGAAGAUCUCGUACAACGCUGUGUACUACUCCCUUCACAGAACAGCGCAAACUGGCUCUAACCAGAAUAGAAAGAGGAGUGAGAGGCGCCGGUGCACAACUGAGCAAGAGGACAAAUACAUUCGUGUCUAGUGUCUAGUCUAGGGAUGCUGACCUUCUAGGCAGAGUUGCAAAGAAAAUGCCGUAUCUCAGACUGGCCAAUAAAAAGAAAAGAUUAAGAUGGGCAGUCUGAGAUAUGGCUUUUUCUUUGCAACUCUGCCUAGAAGGUCAGCAUCCCGGAGUCGCCUCUUCACUGUUGACGUUGAGACUGGUGUUUUGCGGGUACUAUUUAAUGAAGCUGCCAGUUGAGGACCUGUGAGGUGUCUGCCGUUUCCAGCUACAAUAGCCAUUUACAACAUUAACAAUGUCUACACCGCCAACGCGGGAACACAGCCUUUAUAUUUAAAUUGGGCUUUAGCUCUGAACGUCCACAAUACGGAUUAAAUAGAGUCCAUUGUCCCCUCUCUUUUUAGUGUUACAGAGUGUGGAUGACGGAUCGUGCAGAGGUCUGAAAAACCUCCUUCUCGGUUCCAUCCACAAAUGUCAUGGAAAUAAUAAAGAUGCUAUCCAGGUAAUUAGAUAAUAUGUUCCCGAGCACAUUAUUGUACUGUCAUUACGUUAUCUUAUGCCAGUACAAGCAAUUAUGUAACUCACUAUGUAUUUGUGCUGAAUUAUAUCAUUAGAUUUUCCUUUGGUCUUUCUCCUCCCAUCUAGUCGUUCCAGCUGGCUGCCAGAGAUGUGUUUGGUCGACAAACCAACUCUUAUGUGCAGCCAUACUCCUGCUAUGAGCUUGGAUGUGUCCUGCUCGCCCAGCCAGAGGUGAGAAUAUCUCAACUCAGACAAUCUGUGCGUAUACACUACCGGUCAAAAGUUUUAGAACAUCAAGCGCUAUGAUGAAACUGGCUCUCAUGAGGACCACCACAGGAAUGGAAGACCCAGAGUUACCUCUGCUGCAGAGGAUAAGUUCAUUAGAGUUACCAGCCACAGAAAUUGCAGCCCAAAUAAAUGCUUCACAGAGUUCAAGUAACAGACACAUCUCAACAUCAACUGUUCAGAGGAGACUGUGUGAAUCAGGCCUUCAUGGUUGAAUUGCUGCAAAGAAACCACUACUAAAGAACACCAAUAAGAAGAAGAGACUUGCUUGGGCCAAGAAACACGAGCAAUGGACAAUAGACCGGUGGAAAUUUGUCCUUUGGUCUGGAGUCCAAAUUGGAGAUUUUUGGUUCCAACCGCCAUGUCUUUGUGAGAUGCAGUGUGGGUGAACGGAUGAUCUCCGCAUGUGUAUUUCCCGCCGUAAAGCAUGGAGGAGGAGAUGUUAUGGUGUGGUGGUUCUUUGCUGGUGACACUGUCUGUGAUUUAUUAAGAAUUCAAGGCACACUUAACCAGCAUGGCUACCACAGCAUUCUGCGAGCUUACGCCAUCCCAUCUGGUUUGGGCUAAGUGGGACUAUAAUUUGUUUUUCAACAGGACAAUGACCCAACACACCUCCAGGCUGUGUAAGAGCUAUUUGACCAAGAAGGAGAGUGAUGUAGUGUUGCAUCAGAUGACCUGGCCUCCACAAUCCCCCGACCUCAACCAAAUUGACAUGGUUUGGGAUGAGUCGGACCGCAGAGUGAAGGAAAAGCAGCCAACAAGUGCUCAGCAUAUGUGGGAACUCCUUCAAGACUUUAGGAAAAGCAUUCCAGGUGAAGCUGGUUGAGAGAAUGCCAAGAGUGUGCAAAGCUCUCAUCAAGGCAAAGGGUAGCUAUUUGAAGAAUCUCAAAUAUAAAAUAUAUUUUGAUUUGUUAUUUCAUAGUUUUGAUGCCUUCACUAUUAUUCUACAAUGUAGAAAAUAGUAAAAAUAAAGAAACUCUUGAAUGAGUAGAUGUUCUAAAACUUUGACCGGUAAUCUAUGUAUAUGUGGGUGUUUGUGUCCAACAUUUACUUAAAGUAUUUAUCUCAAUUAGCUAUUGAGUUGUUUUUUGCAUUGUGUUUCUGUCCAGACGGUGGGAAAAGGGAGAGCAUUUCUGCUUCAGGCAAAGGUACAGUUAUCAGAUUACAUGUAUAUGAAUGGUUAGGGAUUUCCGCUUGUGUUUGAAAUGACUACAUAACACAGUCCAUUCUGAUUGUGAAGUCAUCAUUUGUUCUCUGCUCUGCCACUCAGGAGGAUUAUGCAGGCUAUGACUUUGAGAACAGACUUCACGUGCGCAUCCACUCAGCCAUGGCCUCGCUGAAGGAAGUGGUACCUCAAUGACCCUGCCCACCACUGAAGGAAUAAUGAUGAUGCAACGACUCAGUCUCCAGCUGUGCACUUGACGAUACGGGAAGCAUGGCUUUUAUUAUACGGGGAAAGCCAUUCAAAACAACAGUAUGACACUCAUCAGACAAAAUCAUUUUUUCCCCCUUUUCUGAUAGAUGUUUUACACAUCCAAAUACAAUAAACCAACAAUUUCAUAGUCAAUACCAUUUUUUUCUUAAUGUACUGGAGGGUUUUAGCCCUGCAAACCUUCCUUCCAUUCUGUGGACCAUACAUAACGUUACAUAGGAUACAAGUAACUUCUUGAAGAGGCACACCUUAUUCUCAUUUCAGGUUUUCUUGACCACAGGUAGUAACAGUACAGUUAACAAUAAGUAACCUUGUAUUUUAUGUUCUUGUCAUAUUCUUGGGAAGACAUGUACAAGAGACGUUUGAGUAUAACCUAUAAUCAAGUGGUCAAAUGGUUAUUUGCCAAGUUUUUGUCUUUGUGUUUGCCUCAUGUGACAAGGCAAGACAAAGGUUAUUGAUUGUAUUAGUUGUUGCUGCUGCUGUAGUACCCUCUUAUUGACCAAUAUCCAUACAGUUAUCGCCUCUGGUUUUUCAGAAAUGAGUCCUUUAUUAAAUGGCCCUACUUUGCUUGUCAUGAUGCCAACAAACAUUUUGAUAAAUAUAUCAUUUUUCUGCAUUGAGAAAGUGUUAGUGAAAUCUCAUGGUGACAACAACCCCAAAAAUUAUGGGACAAGAACUUAGUGGCCUGCUACCUUGCAGUAUUGUAUUACGCAGUGUGCCAUACAUAGUGUACCAUACCAUGCAGUGAAAACUAGUAAUAUUAGCAUCAGGUACCUUGAAUUCUGAAUAGUAUGAAAUUGCUUUUACAUUCUGACAUUCACAUAUUAGCUUACAAGUAACAUGCACAGAUAAAAUGUAUUGUGACAUUUUUGCACAAUGCAAUAUCCAAACAAUGUUAUAGAUUAUUUAUUUUAGUUUACAAGCAGUGGGCAUUGAUCUGCACUAUGCAUGCAAUGGCAGGGGUAUUAUUAGUGACCCAAGGACCUGAAAGCUUAUUUUCUACCGCUGUGUACUAUGAAUCAGAACGUUUUUUUCCUGAGAUACUUUGGAUGACAACAGAACACAUUUAUAUUCAUAUUUACUCUGGUUUUUAACAAAAUCCAACAAGGUCCUUAUUAACUACAGGCAUUGUAAUAAUCAUGGUAGGUUUUAGGUUACUAUACAAACUGGACAUUAACGUUUGAUAUUCUGUCGUUUUAGUUUGAUCAGGCUUUUCUAUCAGGCAUCACUGAUGACGAGUGAAACAUUCAAGACAGUAAAAAACUAAAUUGAAAAUGCAGGGCAUUGUAUCACUCUUUUCAUAAUCACUCUGAGGUAUGGUCACCAAGCAAUAAAAAGCAUGCAAGAAGAGUGCUAACUUUACACUGGAGGUUUGAUAAGCUGUCACAAACUUUGUUUACAUUUGUUUUUGUCCCACUUCAAAGGAAUAACAAAGGCUUAACUACUUGUACAAGCACUACAUAGCACACAUCAUUAAUUAGAAAAUUCAUACUACAUGAAGGGUGACAUAAACAGUCUUUAAUUCAUACUACAUGAAGGGU